UUAUUGAAUCACGUGAUCUGAGUGAGAGUGUUAACUUAUAACACAUGAGAGUUGAAAGUUUCAACCACAGACCUAUAUAUACUAUAAAGGUCAAUGGUUUCAACGUUUGUGUCAAGUUUUUUUACUGGUGGACAUUGCUCUUCAAGAAACACAGGCGUCAAGAUAAUGGCCAGUAACACAAUUGAGUCGGUCAAAGAAUAUUAUGGCAAAAGUCUGAAGAAGACAGAGGAUUUGAAGACUGGAGCCUGCACAGCUCAGAAAGGAAAAUUUCCAAACUACGUACUCAAGAUCAGAGAACUCGUUCAUGACGAUGUGAAAACUAAGUACUACGGCUGUGGUCCAGUGUUUCCGCCGGGACUGCAAGAUGCCACAGUUCUUGACUUAGGCUCUGGAAGUGGACAAGACUGUUACAUCCUUAGUAAACUUGUGGGGUCAGAAGGUCAAGUAGUAGGACUGGACAUGACAGAUGAGCAGCUCAACAUAGCCAACCAAUAUAUUGACUUCCAUACCAAACUGUUUGAGUAUUCAAAGCCGAAUGUUAGCUUUGUAAAAGGCUAUUUGGAGUCCAUGGAAGAGGCUGGUAUAGAGAGCAACACCUUUGAUGUUGUCGUGUCUAACUGUGUUAUUAAUUUAUGUCAAGACAAAGCUAAAGUGUUGAAAGAGGCUUUGCGUGUGCUUAAGGAAGGUGGCGAGUUAUAUUUUAGUGAUAUUUAUGGAGACCAACAUUUGCCAGAGAAUCUUAAAGACAAUGAAGAACUUUGGUGUGAAGGUUUCACCGGAGCACUACAUUGGAAAGAUUUGCAUCGACUAGCUAAAGAAAUAGGAUUCAGUUCCCCGCGUCUAGUCACUGCCGGACUGUUUCCUGUACAAGAUGAGCGCUUCAAACAGUUUCUAGGUGACGCGCAGUUUGUCUCCGCCACCUACAGACUGUUCAAGCUUCCUCGAGACUUAAGGGAGACUACCACUGUGGUCUACAAUGGAGGUGUGCAAGGAUACGAGGAGGAGUUACCUUUUGAUUAUGCCAUUACAUUCAAGAAAGGUGAAGAAUGUCACGUCAAAGCGGAACUUGCUACCAUCUUGAAAUCUUCAAGGUAUAGCAAAUAUUUCAAUUUUACAGCCGGGCAGAAUGGACCAUGCAAAUGUUCCAACUUGGAAAAAAAUCCAUUUGAAUUUUGUAAGAUGCAAAUUGAAGAGAAAUCUUGUUGCUGAAUGAAGGAUAUAAUCAUGGAACUAUACAUAAUGAUUUCAUCUUGUUUAUUUUUGUCAUUACUUCUAUGUAUUUACAAGAGCGAUACGCUUACUAGUUAGCUUACUAUGAGGUACAUAUUAUUUCUAUACAUUGUUCAAUUUUUUAAAAUAAAGGUCAUUCCAUAAAAUAAAUAUUUAUAGUUGGACUCUUGAGUAUCAAUGUAAAUGUUAAUUGACUUCUUUGCUUUGUAUAUGUCUGUUGUUUAAAUUGGCUUUCUCUAAUUGUUUGUUCUCUAAUAUCUGCUACCAUACAAUUUUUUUUCUACUAUGACUUUGUUCGUAAUUGUGUAUUUAGGCUAACAUUAUAUUAUAUUAAAGAAUGUUUCUUAUUGUA